AUGGCGGCGGUCUCUGUGCUGCAGGCGCCGGGCGGCGGCUUCAGCUUCGACAACUGUGCUCGGAACUCCCUCCUGGAGGCCGAGCUCGUCCAGAAGGGGCAGCGGCUGCCCGCCGCCCGCAAGACGGGCACCACCAUCGCCGGCGUCGUCUUCAAGGAUGGCAUAGUCCUCGGAGCCGAUACAAGAGCGACUGAAGGCAUGGUUGUUGCUGACAAGAACUGUUCAAAAAUACACUUCAUUUCUCCUAAUAUCUAUUGUUGUGGUGCAGGAACAGCUGCAGAUACUGAUAUGACAACUCAGCUGAUUUCUUCCAAUCUUGAGCUCCAUUCACUAUCUACUGGACGACUUCCAAGAGUUGUCACAGCUAAUCGAAUGCUAAAGCAAAUGCUUUUCAGGUAUCAAGGCUACAUUGGUGCUGCCCUGGUUUUAGGGGGAGUAGAUGUCACAGGACCUCACCUUUACAGCAUAUAUCCCCAUGGAUCAACUGACAAACUGCCUUAUGUUACCAUGGGUUCUGGAUCAUUAGCAGCUAUGGCAGUAUUUGAAGAUAAAUACAAACAGGACAUGGAGGAAGAGGAAGCCAAACAGCUUGUGAGAGAUGCCAUUGCAGCUGGCAUAUACAAUGAUCUGGGCUCUGGCAGUAACAUAGAUAUCUGCGUUAUAAGCAAGAGCAAGUUGGAUUUUCUCCGUCCGUAUGAUGUGGCCAACAGAAAGGGGGACAGGUAUGGUAGAUACAAGUGUGAAAAAGGAACUACUGCUGUUCUCACGGAAAAUGUGGCACUGCUGGAAAUUGAGGUGGUGGAUGAAACUGUACAAACCAUGGACACUUCCUGAGCCACCCUGUGCAGCCCUCCCUGGCACAGCUCGAGUUACCAUAGCCGCCUUCCUGCGUCAAGAGAAGCAUGCAGCUGAUACCAAAUAAAGAGGGUUCUGACCAGUCUCCUAAGUAGUGUUUUUACGUGGUGCUGAUUUCUUCUGCUGCUUUUCCCUUCUUACAGUGCUGAAAAUGUGAGGCUCACGCAGAAUGGAACUGCAGCAUCUUACCCGCUCUUUCUAGUCUUGUGGGCUGUGAAAGUAAGUUGGAUUUUACCCUAAAAAAAAGAUCUGUAUUAGCAUGUGAAAGAGAGCCAGGCUCCUGGAUACCAAGCAUCAUACUGGGGCAUAAAAAACACCAACUACAACAGCUGUUUUGUUACUUCACUCUAGGAAUAAAACAGCAAGGGUAAAACUAUUCUGCAUAAGCCCCAUUUCAUGGGUUUUAAUUUAACAUAAUGUUUUUUUAUUAAUGGAUACAUACUAGAUCAAGAAAUGAUAUAACAGUGAGCACUGCUGACCUUGACCUACAGCAGACUGCUUCUACUUACGUUUUUGCAAGGAAAUAAUAUUGUUAUCAUGACAUGUUAAUAUUUACUCUUCCCUGUUUUUUUUGCCCUAGUACACACAUUUUAAUUUCUAAAUUACAUGACUGAAGACAGCAUAAUUAAAAGUCUAAUUCUCU